CGCGCUUGUAUUUUGUUUCCUGUUUGCAAAAAUCAACAAAUGAACAAAAACAGAAUUAAACUUAUAAAAUGUGAGUUUACUCUGGUUUAAAACGAUCUGAAAUUAAAUCCGAAUUUUAAUGGACACGGACUCAAAAACCUCCGCAGGACGAGAGAAGGAGGGUCUGACGUUACCCCUCAGAGGUCGAGUGAUGUCUGACAAUGUGUCUCUGCCCUCAUAUGCCGAAUAUCCUACAGGACGUCCCUUUAUCAACACACACCUGCCGCUCAAACACAAACCUGUCAAUGCUUUUCCAGAGAGCAGCGGUGCAGCGAUUAUUUCAGCGCUAAAAAACCUACAGGAGAAGAUUCGUAAUCUUGAGUUGGAACGAUAUGAUGCUCAACAGAAACUCCAGAUGCUCCACAGAGAAUCCACACACGAGGAGCGAGAAGACAACGGAGCGCAAGGGAGACCAAAAAACAACGAGCUGCUCUCUCAGUUGUCGGCGGCUGAGAGUCGAUGUUCACGUCUGGAGAGACAGUUGGAGCUCAUGAGGAAGACCGUGAGAAGCACUGAAUCGGACCGAACGGCUGUUCUCAGACGGAGGGUAUCUCUGGGUCGUGUGGAUUCUGUAGAUCCGUCAGAUGUUCAGGUGAAGCUGCAGAAGUUGGAGAUGUUGGAGCAGCAGUAUCAGAGACUCACACACACUCAGAGCAUCACGGAGAAUAAAAUCACACAACUGGAAAGAAAACUGCAAGAGGAGGAACAUCAGAGGAGACUAGUGCAGGACAAAGCAGAUCAGUUACAGACGGGUCUCGAAGCCAAUCGUAUUCUCAUUCAGUCUGUUUCUCCUCGUCCUCAUAAACCCAGUCAAACGAAGAAGCAGAAACUCUCGUCGAAGGAGCACGCGUCCCACCCGCAACCGCAUUACAGACUCAGUCUGGGGGACGUACCGUUUGUGACCGGAACGUCGACGGGUUCGAGUCAUUCUGUUCGUGCAAACGUUCAGCACGUUCUUCAUCUGAUGAAGCAGCAUCAUCCUCAGCUGUGUAACGAGCGUGUGCUGGGACACGCCCUCUGGCCGGUUCCACCAAUGAGAGAGCCGUCAGGACAUCAAUCAAGCAGUAGCUCCUCCUCUUCCUGCAGUGAAGAGUUGUCAGAACUGUUAUUGACGCUACAGGAUGAGUUUGGACAUAUGAGCUUUGAGCAGCGGGAGUUGGCGAAACAGAUCCAGUCGUGUCGUUCGGAUCGUUUGCGGCAGGAUUUGGAGCGUGAGAUGGAAGUGCUCGUGAAGAGAAUGGAGAAUAAAGGAGAGCAGAUCGCUACAGUCCGUCGACAUCAAACACAGAUGGUGAAGUUGAGGAAACGGUGUCGUAAACAGAGUAACGUGGCUCACGGGGAGGUUAAAGUAAUGACUUCAGCGUUGACUCACGGACGCUUCGACCGGACCGGAGAAGUCAAAGCGAGACCAGGUGAGCGCAGCCGAGACAGUCUGCGUCUGCUCAAAGACAUGCGCUCGCUGCAGACGUCGCUGCGCAGCGAUCAGCUCCACUGGGAGUAUUGACAUCACGUGCAGCUUCUGUAUUAAUGACAUUCAUGAGACUUAACAGAGACAGAGCAGGAAAAUGAUCGAUUAAUCCGAUGAAGGCGUGUCCUGGUCUUAUUUCAACCCAGAAUCAAUAGAGAGAAAAUAUUAUAUCCCUUAUAAGGGAAAUGAAGCCGUGUUAGGAUCGUAAGGGUUUUUAUAAUUUCAUAAUUUAAGCAUUUUUUCCCCAAAUCCUCUUUCUCUUUUUUUUUUUGUAAUGUUUCUUCGAUUUUAUACAUUUAUUUUAUAUAUUCUUUAUUUAUGUAUUUUUAAUUUUUUUCAGAAUUUAGUACAUUUUGGUCUUUUUUUGGUUUGUGUGCGUUUUAUUUUCUUCCAUAUAUAUUAUAAAUAAAAAUGGCACCCCUUCCAAAAAUAUGAUAUAUAAAUAUAAAUUUUUUUUUAUUUAUUUUUUUUUUUUAUGUGUGUGUAUUUUCUUCUCCAUAUAUUAUUUUUAUAUAUCAUAUUUUUUGAGGGUGUGCCAUGUUUAUUCAUAUUCAAUUUAUUUUUCAAAAUAUCCCCCACCAUCUUUUUAAAAUAAAAAUAUUUGUAUAUUUUCUUUCACAAACUUUUGGAUUUGUGUUAAAAAAAAAACAAAUUUGCCGUUUUUUCCUCAAAAGUUUUUCUUCUUUGUUUAUUGUUUAUUUUUUUAGCUCGCUUGUUAACGAGUAACAUGACGUACCUCUGAUUUGAUUCUGUGGUCAAAAGGACCAGGACAGGCGCUUUAGUGAGAUUCAUCCAUUCGUUUUCCUUUAAAUUCAGGUUGAUAGAAGAUGAAUGAUUCGUUCGGACACCGCUGUGUGAACGUCUGUUCUAGAUUAAUUACAGGUUUAAUUAAAGAAACAUGUGAAAUCCACUGAUGAUGCAAUCUCAUGAUUCCCUGCGUCAGUGUCACUCCAAUCCAGAGGUCAGAGGUCAUGUCACGGUUUUAUUCGGACAAUCAGAUCAAGUAUUCGUACAGUUAUUGCAUCAAUAUAUUUUAUGCAAAAUAAGGAACAAACUGAACCGUGCAAAGUCAAUAUUGGUGUUUUGUUUUUCCUCAUUUAUUACCCAGAAUUCCCGAUCAAUCAUUUCUCAGUCUUUCAUGUUUUAAAUCAUUAUUUUUCCUUUUCUACAAUAUUACGAGUAUCGAUUGUUAUUAAAGUGUGGCUUGAAAUAUAGCUUUAUUAGUAUGACCUGAUGAUGUGACUUGAUCAGUAAUUUAUUUAAGUUUGAGUUCAUGUCCGCUGGUGCUUUAUGAGAGUUUCUCAUCAUCGUUUGUGUCUUUUAAACUUUUGUAAAGUAUUUAUUUUACAGCACUGAUUAAAGACCGACUG